GAACUUCAUACGGGCCUGGAGGUUUCAACUGCAACCCUGACUUCAACCUCAAGCGUAUCGAGUUCAACUGCGAGUUCUUUUUUCCCGACCCACCCGACCCAUACGACAGGACACAAUAUGGAAGAACGAGUACGCCAAUACCACGCAGAAGCGUCCGGCUUCCUCCCUGCCGGCCCUUCAGGGGAGCCCUCCACCACCACACCUUACAACCCCGUAAAAGUCCUGCGCGCCAUGAACGCAUACAGGAAAUUCAUACAUAAGAACCAAGAUUUCCGCUUCACCGACAAGGACAAGGCCAGGCUGUUUGGCGCCGUUCAAGCUUAUUUUACGUACUGGGAUAGAUCACAGAACGUGGCAGGAGAUGUGCCCGGAGAGCAAAAACCGUCCUCACUACCCCUUAUAGAGGACGCACUCAAAGUCCCUUUCUUCACCACCAAGCAAAAGUCCACGAUGCUGAAGUGGUACGAGGAGGUUCACUCUGCCUCCUCGACUGACUCGAAGGCCAAAUUCAAACAACACGACACACGGAGGGAUAACGAGGAUGAGAACGACGAUUGGGGAGAUCCGGACGCGUGGGGCGCUAGUAGUGAUGACGCUGAGGAUGCUGGGUCAGAAGAUAUUGCGGUAAAUACCAAGGAAUCAAGUCCGGGCGAAAAAAACGGCGGUGAGCCUGGUGCUCAAGGGAAAAACGGCAAACCGAGGCGGGUAGGGAAGAGGCAGAAAUCGGCGCUGGCGCAGACGGGGUAGAUUAAGGAUGGACGAUGUCCUUCAUCGGUGCAGGCGGUGCUACCUUGCUCAGGAAUCACUGGGCACCAACAGAGCUGGUGAAACGAUGCGCGGUCGGCAGUGAGAAGGAGAAUAGU